GACGUCAUGCCAGUGAGUUCCCUUCACCGUCGGCCGCUUUACAGGCAGCACAACAUUAGCUCGUUAGCUACAGUGGUUUUGACACGAGACGAGAAUUAACAGAGUUGUGCCUUGUGAUAUAAUGCAAUCAACGAUGAAGAAGGAAGCCGAGAAUGUUUGUGUGCUCUGCUGCCAGGACAUUGAUCUUUUCGCCGUGGGGAAAUGUGACCACCCGGUGUGUUACCGGUGCUCCACUAAGAUGCGGGUGCUGUGCGAGCAGAAAUACUGCGCCGUCUGCCGAGUGGAGCUGGACAAGGUUAUAUUCGUUCGAAAGCUACAACCCUUCGCUGCUCUCGCGCAUCAGGAAUUCCAGGCUGAGAAGAAAUAUGACAUCUACUUCGGUGACGGAAAAAUCUUCGCCCAGUUCAGGAAGAUUUUGCUGUCUGAAUGUCCACAAUGUCCUGAACCCAAAGUGUUCUCCAAAUUCGAGGAGUUGGAGCAGCAUAUGCGGAAGCAGCAUGAGCUCUUUUGCUGCAAAUUAUGUGCUAAGCACUUGAAGAUAUUCUCCUAUGAGAGGAAGUGGUACAACCGCAAAGAACUGGCUCGACAUCGGACACAAGGGGACCCAGACGACACGUCUCAUCGCGGCCACCCGCUUUGUAAAUUCUGUGACGACCGAUAUCUGGAUAACGACGAACUGCUGAAGCACUUAAGGCGAGACCACUACUUUUGCCAUUUCUGUGAUGCAGACGGAGCACAAGAAUACUACAGUGACUACCGCUAUCUCAGUGAUCACUUCAGAGAGAGCCAUUUUCUGUGUGAGGAAGGUCGCUGCAGUACAGAGCAGUUCACGCAUGCCUUUCGGACAGAGAUCGACUACAAAGCCCACAAAACCGCUGCCCACAGUAAGAACCGGGCCGAGGCACGGCAAAACCGGCAGAUAGACAUACAGUUCAACUACGCCCCACGCCAGCAGAGAAGGAAUGAUGGUCUAGUAGGUGCCGACGAUUAUGAGGAAGUCGAUCGCUUCAACAGACAAGGGCGCUCGGGAAGAGGAAGACCGCAGGGGUUACACCAAAAUGUCAGAAGCUGGAGGUACAAUAGAGAGGAAGAGGAUAAGGACCUGGCUGCGGCGAUUCAGGCCUCACAGGCUGCUCGCCGACAGGCGGAGAGGGGACAAGUUCAUGAGAGAGGUGGCCAAAAACCACGCAAAGAGGAGACGAUGGCUGGCGACGAAUUAAGAGGCAAUCGAGGGACAGUCAAACCUCCUAGUGACAUACAAGGUCGAUCAGCGAAGAAUAAUGUCCCGCUGAAGGGUGAAGACUUCCCAGUAUUAGGAGCUGGUGCAACACCACCGCCACCGCCGCCUGUUCAUAGCAUGGUGAAACCCACUCCUGUCUCACUGAAAGAGGAUGAUUUCCCUAGCCUGGUACAUUCUGGUACAAUGGGUCCAACCCCAAUGACACCAGCAUACACGGCUCAAGCUAGAAAACCUUCUUCUUUCCAAGAGGAGGACUUCCCAGCACUUGUCUCAAAGAUCAGACCUCAUAAACCUCAAGAGAAUACGACAUCUGCUUGGUCCCAAGUAGGAAGUAAAUCUGGCGUGCUCAAUAAUAAGCCUGUGGUUCUGCCGACAAAGGCACACUCGCACAGUGCCCCUGUGUUUUCCUCUAGUGACCCACCACCCUCCUCUACUGUUCCUCAGGCUCAGGUGUCUCGCCGCAAGAAGAAGCUUACCUCUUCACAGAGCACCAAAGCUACAUCCAAAGUCAAAUCUCCGGUCUCGUCAGAUGAUGAGGACCCCCAAACUGGCAAAAUGGUUCCGGAGGUUCGUGCUGUCCCCACCAUGUUAGACAUUUCUUCCCUGCUUACAGUGAAGACUGGCUCAUCGCAGCCCAAUAACAAAAACGGCAAGAAGAAGAGACAGCCUUCAGCUACCCCUUCCGGGACGGCCGCAGAUAACAUGGUAUUGGUUACCGCUGCGGCUCACAAAGAAAACGUACCCAAGACCAAGCCACCAGAUGGUGGUGUUCCAAAAGGCACCGUGGUCCCCAAAUCAAAUAUGUUCAUAAACGGAUAUAAGGAGAAACCUAAGGAAACUAAGAACACCAUCCUUCCUGAAGAACCCCCUGCCCCUAAAAAGCAGCCCAUCUCUGAACCACCAGCUGCACCUGAAGAAGAGGAUUUCCCUGCUCUCAUUACUAAGAAACCUCCACCUGGUUUUAAGACCACAUUUUCAUUGAAGAACAUUCAGACAGUGCUUCCUCCUCCUCCUCCUCCUGGUCUCGGGCCUGUGGUCAGCAAGCCUCCUCCAGGAUUCACCGGUGUCCCGCUCAACAGUAACGUAGCAGAAUGCACGGUGCCAGAGUUGAACAGUUGUAGACCAGCAUCCUCACUUGGAACUUACCACAUGCCUGAAAACUUCAAACAGAGGAACAUGGACCUUAUUCAGUCAAUACAGAACUUCCUUCAGAAUGAUGAAUCCAAGUUCAAUGAAUUCAAAAACUAUUCAGGACAGUUCAGACAGGGUUUAAUAUCUGCUGCCCAGUACCACAAAAGCUGCCAUGAGCUGCUGGGGGAAAACUUCAGCAGGGUCUUCAACGAGUUGCUGGUUCUACUUCCAGACACACACAAACAACAGGAGCUUCUCACUGCCCAUGCAGACUUUAAAGCAACGGAGAAACAGCAGCCAGGCUCCAAAGGCAAGAAGAACAAAAAGAAAGCCUGGCAAACAUGUACCUCUAACAACAGUCUAGACUUGGACUGCCAAGUGUGUCCUACCUGCAAGCAGGUAUUGGCCCCAAAAGACUUCAACGCUCAUAAGACCCUGCAUAAUGGAGAUGACGACUUUCCCUCUCUCCAGGCUAUAAGCAAGAUUAUCAGUUAACUGCCAAAAUCAGGGGCACUGCUCCCAGAAUGAUGCUUUUUUUUUUUGUUAUUCUGAGGGUCAAAGAUGCUUAAGACAGUGAGGUAUCAUGUGAAACAAUGCAGCUGUAGUGUGUCUAGAGCAUGGGCGCUCAACUCCACUAUCGGAGUCCAUCAGAGUUUGGCGACUUCCUGGUUCCGAGAUGCCUAAUUUGGCACACUUGUAAAUUACCAGGUUUAACUAUGGCAUUCCAGGUCUGGAGUUGGACACCCCUGGACUACAGCGUUUGAAAUAAUUCACCACUUUUUUGAAGAAAAAAUAAAAUAAAAAAAACUUUCCCAACUCAAAAGGUGAGAUUGAAAUGUUUUGUAAUGAUGGGAGAGAUUUGCUUUUGGAGUAUUCAUUAUUAUUAUUAUUAUUAUUAUUGUUAUUAUUGUAUAAUACAUUUCUUAAUGCCACAUCUCUGGAUUUAUGGGUGACAUUUUCAUCUGUUUGUACUCAUGCUUUAGGCAUGGUCUAGCUGCUGCAUUUUACAGAAGCCCUAAGAGACCAUGCAUAAUUAUUUUUUUCUUUCUUGUUUUCUUGAUGUAAUUUUCCUCAUGAUCUCCACAUAAAAAAAAAGUUGUUUUCUCGUGACCAUGACUUAGCGCAAUCCUGCUGCAUCAUGGAUGAACAAAUAUAUUUUUUUUCUUUGAUCAGAGCUGAAAUGGCUCUGUGUCUGUCAGUGAUUGAUAACUUCCACAUUAGUGUCCGACACGCGAGAAGGAGGUCUACGUGCACGCGACACCAGUCCCAUUCACAAGGCGUGAGAUUUUCUCAUGGUAAAAUGACAUCGUGAGGAAAACAGCUUUUUAGGUCAUGUGGAGAUCAUGAGAAAACAAGAAAGAAAGAAAAAUGCAAAAAAUAGCUACUUCCGUAGCAUUUGAUUCUCCCAAAACAUUUAUGUAUGGAGUUAUUUUCAUUAGUCUUGUUGCUCACCUGUUUUUCAAACCAACAAAAAAUAAAGAGGUUUUAUAUAUUUAUAUAUAAGAUUUGGAUGAAGGAAAAUGAUUAUGAAAAUGAUGAGUUGUGUAAGUGCCUCGUAAAUGAUCCGUCUCUGACAAAGGGCUUUCUUGAAGUCCGUUGAUAAAAAGUGAUUUCAUCAAUCAAAUGAACAAAGUACUUGUACCAUUACCAUUUCCCGUCAGUCACUGUGACACCUCGGCACUUGUUUCCAUGCUUAAUUUGAACUUUCCUCAUUAUUUAUUUAGGACCUAUUAUUAUUAUUAUUAUUAUUAUUAUUAUUAUUAUUAUUUAAGGGGAUUAUUGUAACUAAGCUUUUAGUUUAGCAGAGUGUGACCAGGGCGGACAAAGUUCUAUUUUUCAUAACAUCUCUUUUUUGUUUUUUGUAUGUUUUUUUUUUGUAUUAAAAUGUCAUUCUUUUUUAAUUAGCCUACAUGCAAUAAUGCAGUUGAUGCAUAGUAAGGCACUGACCUCUGGAGUUAAAUAGAAGAAUGAAAGCACAUUUAUUAUUUUGACUGCAGGGUAAUUAUUAUUAUAAUUUUAUUUCUUUCUUUCUUUUUUUCUUUUUUUUUUUUACUGCAUCCCAGCAUCUGCAUUGCUCCUGCUUUUGUUCAACUCUAUUCAUUUCUGAAAAUGCACUGGGACGUGGGGAUGAAUACGUUUUCCUGUUAACUUCUCUUUUGUUACCAUUAAUGACUGAAUGUUAUGUUCUAUUGUGAUCUAGUACUGUUUUACACAGCAAUGGGUGGGGGAAAAAAAAUAUUUACCUACAGAUUAGAUGAGUAAUGAUGCACAGCUGGCUCCUAAAAGAAUCAAAUUAAAUGGUUAAAUACACAAAUUUAGUCAUUAUUAUUAUUAUUAUUAUUAUGUUUUCAUAAGGACAUGCUUGUGAAAGUCAUGCAAGUUGCACAGAUCAGACGUCUCAUGAAAAAAAACAUAUCUUUUUUUAUUUUAAUGACUGCAGUCCAAACACAUUAGAAUUGACAACAGUAAGUCUUUUGUGUACAGCAUUAACAUACAAGAUAGGAUAUGAUGCCAGAGUAGAAAGUAACGUCAAUUUUGGGGCCAUAUUUAUAAUCCUUUAUGCCUUGUGCGUAUGUUGCACUUGAGAGGGUUAUGAAUUUUAAAAAAAACCAACACAAAACAUACAAUGAUUUGUGUACGUGAGUGGACGUCUUCAGUUUUUUUUUUCUGGUGCAAUUUUUUUUUAUUUUCUAGCAGUUACCACAAUAAACGUGACCCGAUCGGUACGCAAACAGUGGUCCAUAAAGUGGUGUUUUUUUUUUGUUUGUUUUUUUUAAGUGUUGGUACAAGAAACACAAAAACCCUGAUCACUUUCACAAACAUACUCCAUUUAGGUCAUGUAUUGAAUUACAGUCAAUAUCAUUUUGUAGGCUUUCCUAUCUGAGAACACACAGAAACAUUAGUGAUAUCCUACUACAUAUCAGACGAAGCACUGAUGGUCACCAAACAUUUUAACAUCAUUUUAACAACUUAAAAACGCUACUGUCUGGUUAAUGUUUUAAUUUAUUCCCCAGCAUUCGCAAGACUGCGUUUUAGAGUAAGCUCUUUUCCAAGAGGAUUUCAUUUUAGUUCUGCUUUUAUUAACAUGAUCCUGUGGGAUUGUUUUCAUAAUGGCCUUUCAAUUGAGCCUUUCUUGAUUGCAGUUUUAUCGUAUAGACGUUUUUCUCUUAAGCACCUAGGAGUAUCAAAUGUGAGUCGCUUGCUUUGUUAUUUCACGCCAGAUGUAUGAGUUUAAACCCCUAUUUUCAUGGUUAUACCAUCUGUACUACACACCUAGUAAAAGUACCCUUGAACAAACACUGAACAGUGCGUUCUUGAUGCAGACGCGAAUACUUGCGCUGCCUUCACUAAAUCAAACGCUGAAGUGAAACGUCGCUUGAGAUAACCUUCAGCACAGGAGGCCUACAACGGCGUCUCCGUUUGAGCAAGACGGCACUCUAACGUACAGUUUGUUUGGCAGGUUGUAACUGGUAAACAUCUUUUAAUAUAAUCUGAAGACUUCUUUCAUACUUAAUAUAUUAUAAAUAUUGCACUUCAUAUCGCCACAUAAACACUCAGUGUAUUCUAUGUUUCAAGUUAGCUUUGAUGCAUGACAGUUAAACGCUUUCUGAAUAUGUUGCACAUGCAUAUUUUUUUUCUUUCCCAUAGGUUAAACAGCGCUGACGUUUUUAAUCACACGCCGCUUGUAAGGUUCUCCUGUUAAUUUCUUAAAAACGUAGCUGACUUUUCCUUGUUUUGGUGACCUGGACGGAUAGAUCCUGUCAUACGUAGAAGAAAUGUCUUAUUUCAUUUCCUCUCUGAUUCAACCUGAUAAAUUAAUGUUUAACUAUCCAUAUAGACCCAAAUUAAAUUAAAAAAGUCACAAUCGACAAACUCUUGUACAGAAGGUCACAGCACAGCACUACCUAUGAACACUGUCACACCAUGUCAGCUUGAAGAAAGGCCAGAGCCUCUUCCUGCAUUCAUACUACCUUUGACGGAUCUGAUACGUUGCACAUGGAUCCUGAUCGGCACCUCUAGUAAAUUGGCACCUGGUAAGUCGGGGCGUUGGAGUCUGGUUUCUCAACGAAAGGUGGGCUCUGGUAGUCAUCAGUGGUCUCUGUGCCAGGCACAGUGGGGUAAGGCUGGAUAGGUUGGUUGCCAUCCAGAUGUUCUGUGGUGAAGAGGGACAUGUCU